CCUUCCUAGUGACCCUUCAGCAGUUUCACUGGUCUUGCCAUUUCUCUCAGCUGCCUGCUUCAUCCACACACCAGAGACAAAAUGGCAUCUGGAAUUAAGAUCUCGGACCAAGCCAAGGAAAUGGUCCAGAAAAUCAAAGUGUUUGAUAAAGACAAUCGUAUACGGCUGGUGACGUUUACCAUCCAGUGUGGUGAUACGAUGAUUGAUGUGGACAAAGUGUACACUGACCAGAUGCUGGGCAAAGAUGGCAAUCCGGAGGAUGCCUUCCAGUUGUGCAAGUCUCUGGCGAAAGAAGCCUGCUGCUUCUACAUGCUGUACGACUGCCACUUUGAAACCGACGAAGGAAUUCAAAAAGAGGAGCUGGUCUUUGCUUCAUGGAUUCCAGACAACAUCUGCGUCAAAGAUAGAAUGAAAUACUCCUCAUCCAGAACCUCUCUGAAGAACUGCUGUAAAGGUGUCAAACACAAUAUGGAGCUGAAUGACAUCACACAGUUGGAUUGUGAAAGUUUCAUUGAAUGUUUGGAAAAACUCACGCCUCACAUCGUUAAAAUGGAGGGCAAGGACAUACCCGGGAAACAGAGGAAAUGUCACCAAUAAGCCAACCAUCCAAGGUCUUCCCAUGGCUGAAUCACAAAGUUGGUUCAAAGGGAGUUUAGCAGAUGACGUCUGAGUUUCUUUAUACAUUAAGAUUUAUUUCAAACUUAAUUCGUGGUACAUAUAUAUUUCUCUAAUCUGCUGUUUUUAUUUUGCAUAAUUGCUGUAAUAUCUCCAGAAUACUCAAGUAUAGUCAAUUUUUGCUAUUUUUAUGGAUUGGUUAAUCAGGGAUAUUUCUGGGUAAAAAAAAAAUGUUAUUUUAAGACCGUUAACACUGUAUUGCACACCUGUGAAGAAACUUUUAAUGAGUGAAGUUUCACUGAAUUAUUAUCAAAUAAACGCAAUGCAAUGGA